AUGUCACUUGACAAGAGUAUUCAUUCGUCACAGCGUGACUUGAGCCUGGACCCAGAUAUCCAGGGUUAUAUACGACCUACAACUUCAAACCUUGUAUCAAAGGAAUCAGGAACGGUGAAUGAAAGGCAAGCCCUGAACCACACAAGGUCAGGCAUCAUCGUUCAACAGAUCGACUCGAAUGACGACAGCAAUACUCGAGUCAACAACGCCUCUAUAUUCAAUCGCAAAGGUGCUCUUUUUUGUAUAUGUCUCUCAUGGGCUUUCGAAUUUACCCUCCUACUCAUCGCAGUAGCCGUAUUCGCCGGCAUUCUGGUCAUUCUCAAACAAUACAAUAACAAAGAGGUGCCUGACUGGGAGAACUUGGGCAUUACCCUCAACACCCUUAUCUCUAUCCUCGCUACUGCAUUGCGGGCUAUCAUCUCCCUGAUUGCCUAUGAACUGCUCGCUCAGACCAAAUGGGAUUGGAUAUCAGUGACGUUCCGACCUCUGCCGCAACUUCAGCUGUUCGAGAAUGCGUCUCGCGGUGUCUAUGGAUCCCUGCGUCUCCUGCCUAUAGUGGCGCGCCGUCAGCCUGUGGCGCUUGGGGCUGCAGUACUCGCUAUCUUGUCGCUGGGAAUCGGCUCUUUCACGCAGCAGUCAGUCCAAACAUAUCAGCGUCGCGUAAGCGUACCAGCUGGAAGGGGCUCGGCAACGGUUACCAUUUCCAGGACCGCGAAUGACUAUUCGCUUCUGAAUCUCAACCCUGUUCUCAUGGAUUACGGUGAGCGACACUUUGUUGGCCUGAACGUCAAGACGCGAACUGCUAUACAUGACUCACUGGUGAAUAUAUACAACGACUCAAAUAUAGGCUCCCUUUUCACUUGUUCGUCUGGAAAUUGCACGUUCCCGACGUUUGCCAAUAGCCCCAGUGAUCAGGACCAGGACAAGAUAACAUAUGCUAGUCUAGGUAUGUGCAGUCGAUGUGUCGAUGUGCAUGACUUUGUGGAAGGACCAGAAUUCGCCGCUGAAGAGGAAAAGUCAAUGUUCACUACUGUUGAUGAGGAUGACUACAACUUUACUACAUACACCCUUCCGGUAUACCGUUUCUCUAAGGACAAGAUACCAAUGAGACUUGAAUUUGGACACGCCUACUUGUCGGACGACGUAUACAUGACUGUCCGAAGGAUAGGCAAUGUCACAUGGACUCGUCGAGUUGCAAGCCCUGAAUUUAUCAACGCCGCUAGGUGGUCAGUUGCGAACUUUUCUGUUCUCACCACACCACAAGAACCUUGCACUCAAUACCAACUUUCCUGCCCAUGGGGGUAUGGUUUACCCACUCAAUAUGUAGCAGCUGCUUGCACUCUCUUCCCGUGCCUGAAGUAUUAUACGGCCGCUGUCGUUAAUUCUAGGCUUCGGGAAAAGGUCGUUAGAGAGGUCCCCCUUCGUCCCCAGAAGUCUGGCUCACUCUGGUACGGCCCAGUUGUGACCGAUAGCCCAUCCGGUAGUGGGAAAAUGGGCUUUACAUGGAAUGCCGUUCAGUAUCCGUGCCAUAGCGAAGGCAUACUAUACACGUCCAACAACAUGUCUUCAGGGCCUGGCGAUGUCCUGAUACAUACCGAGAAUUGGGCCAACCAGAGCAUUGAUGAACCGGCACAAUACAUCAACAUUAAGCCACCUUAUUCCUGCCUUUUCAAUAUAUCUGGGCCCUUGAUGUCAGCUUUUGAGGCGGAGUUUAACUCAACUUUUAAUGCAAAAUGCUUCAAAACAGAGUUAAGUUUCCUUGAAUGUCGUCAUAACGACUCACUUACCUACACAGAUUUCCUUAGAGGCUUUUCCCGUGGCAUAUCAACCUCUUUCGAUACAAUCAAAGAGAAUGUAGAGUCAUUAGCUAUGCGUCUUACAAGCGAAAUGCGUCAGCGGGAAAGGAGCGAGUAUGCCGAGUUUUUCAAGGAUAUACAAGGCGUAGCAUGGGAGAAUCAAGUGUCCAUCCGGAUAGUCUGGGUGUGGCUAGUCUUUCCUGGAGCACUUCUAGUAUUAUGUGGGAUCCUCCUACUAUGGGUUAUGGCAAGGGACAUUGUUUUGGGAAGGGUAUCUAUCUGGAAAAGCUCUAUACUUCCGUUAGUUCUGAAGGACUAUCCUGGUACAGGGACUAUGGGUCUUCAGGAGCUAGAAGAAGUAUCCGAGACCCUUGAGGUUAAGCUGGAGAGGAGGAACCCCGAGAUAUGA